CUGUGAAUUCCUGUAGAAGAUUGAUAGCUCUGCCAACAUUUAUCCACAACAGAAGAUGGGUGGAUUAAUUUCAAGAUGGAGGCAGGCAAAGCCUUCCACUGUAGAAGUAUUAGAAAAAAUUGAUAAGGAAAUACAGACAUUAGAAGAAUUUAGAGAAAAAAAUCAGAGGCUACAGAAACUGUGGGUUGGAGGGCUGCUUCUCUACUCUUCACUUCUUUACCUUAUCACCUGCUUAAUUGUAUAUUUGUGGUGUCUUCCCGAUGAAUGGACAGCAAGGUUGAUUAUGACACUUCCACUUUUUGCAUUUCCUUUGAUAAUCUGGUUUAUCAGAACACUGCUCAUUUUUUUCUUUUCCAAAAGGACAGAAAGGAAUAAUGAUGCACUGGAAGAUUUAAAGUCUCAAAAGAAAAAAAUACUUGAGGAAGUAAUGGAGAAGGAAACAUACAAGACUGCUAAAUUAAUUCUUGAAAGGUUUGAUCCAGAAUCAAGUGCAAAGGAGGCUGAACUGCAGUCUGCUGGAACAUCUGCAGCCCCAAGACCUGGACAAGAAAUUCGUCAGAGGACCGUAGCUCAAAAAAGUGCUUCUACGCCUCCGCCUGCAACUCCUAAACAAGGCUCUCCAAAGUCGCUGGUUUCGGCAUCUCCUAAUCUGCAGAGAGACACAUCAACUCUGAGUGGACCCCUAGAAAGAGCUGUUGUGCCAUCCUCACAGUCAAAUAUUUUACCAAGAAGCCCUGGAUCCCCUGCUACUUCAGUGCCUGGAAUGGGUCUUCAUCCUCCAGGCCCUCCUUUAGCAAGACCUAUUCUUCCUCGAGAAAGAGGAGUUGUGGAUAGAGUGAUUGAAUAUUUGGUUGGCGAUGGUCCUCAGAACAGAUAUGCCCUUAUAUGUCAGCAAUGUUUUUCUCACAAUGGUAUGGCUCUGAAGGAGGAGUUUGAAUACGUAGCAUUCAGGUGUGCCUACUGCUUUUUCCUGAAUCCUGCAAGGAAAACUAGACCGCAGGCUCCCCGACUUCCAGACUUCAGUUUUGAAAAAAAGCAAUCUACCGAAUUGCAAUCUGAAACUGAGCAUCUAGAACCUAGAGAGAGAAAGCCCCAGGAGACUCAACAGACAGAAGAAUCUGAAGAAGAUGCAUCCCCGAUGGCUGAGUCAAACAAGACAGAUGAUAAAGCACCAAUUCCUAAGCAGAUAAAUGAUAAGCUAGCUGAAGAAAUUGAAAAAGAAGAAGCAGAAAAUGUGUCAACAACUGAAGACUCUAUUUCGGAGUCUAUUUCAGCUGAACAAAGUGAAGAAUGUUUAGUGAAAGCAGAAUAAAGUACUUCAAGUGCCUUCUGUAGCUAGUUUUUAGCUUUGUUCAUGCCUGUUGUUACUAUUCAGGUGAGCUUUUUUUAAUGGUACAACUUAAAAAAUCUCGCUUGAGCUUAAACUGCCUCAACUGCCACAGUAUGUCAAAGCUAUGUGUAAAAGUGGGUAUUGUAAGUUAAGCAUGUCUUUAAAUAAGUUAACACACAGAAUGUAUAGUUGGUUGAAGUCUAACAGUUGUAGUCAUUGUUCAGUUUGCAUAUUUAAACUUAAAUAUAAGCUUUGCUAAGAGUGACCUAUAAUUUGACAUCUCUUUAGCUGUCACCCAUAAAGAACAAUUACUG